CACUUCCUCUGCCGCUGCCCGCCUCUCCGGCUCGCCGGCUGGCGUCGCCACCGCCUCCUCGUCCCCGGCCACCGCUGUCGCCGCCGCUGCUGCAAUCCGGGGCACACGCUCUCGCACUUUCCCGCUGGCAGCGCGGAGGAUGCCGCUUGCAGCGGUCGGGGAGAGAUAGCCUCGGGCCGGGCUGGAGGACCCUGGGUGGCGAGGAAGGAAAGCCGGGCUCCGCUUCCCUUGAUGGCACUGCAGCAGCUGGCAGCUGGGACGGCGCCCACGAAACGGGCGCGCCAAGCCGGACGUGGGAGGCGCGGAGAGGGACCCCGGGCGCCGGCUGAGCUGUGCCGGUAGAGUUUGCAAGUGGCUGGGACUCCUCAGGUGGCAGUCCUGUACCCUGAUGUUUGACCAGAUGGAGGCCAUCGACUUCUGUUCCUAGAAGGUGGAGAUGUGCAGCUUCCACCCCAGCUGUGGGCAAGGCCAGAGUCAAUGCCCUCAGUGAACUCACCCUGCUCCGACAGGCCUGAGGAGCUGAGAAUGGGAAGGGAGUGACUCCUGGGCUGGUAGCCCCUGGAUCCCCCCUCAAUGACUAUUUUUUUAGUUCCUUGAGGCCUCUCUGAGGUGAAGAACGAGAUGUAGGAAGAUGGAGCUACCUGUUAUGUGUCCCUUCUCUUGCCCCCACCUUGACUUGGGCUGUCACUGUGCUGCUGAGCUGAUUUGGGAGGCCGAGGAGUUCUGUCCUCCUUUCUCUCAGCCAAGCUCUGGACUUGCCCUCCUUCUCUGGCCCCAGUGCUCCCCUGUGCAGAGGGAAUAAGUCUGAGGAGUUCCAAGAGUUCCAUCCUCAAGGGAAGCUUGGGCAACCAAGCCUCCUGCCUCCCUUCUCUACCCUGCCAGCCCAGCCAGUCCGGAAUGAUCCCGCUAUGGCCAAGCUCUGGUUCAAGUUCCAGCGGUACUUCCGCAGGAAACCCGUGCGCUUCUUUACCUUCCUGGCCCUCUACCUGACUGCCGGCAGCCUCGUCUUUCUGCACUCAGGCUUUGUGGGUCAGCCUGCUGUCUCCCAGAAUCAGGCCAACCCAGCCAUGGGAGGUCCAGCGGAGGGAGCCGAGCUGCCCUUCUUGGGUGACUUGCACCUGGGCAGAGGCUUCCACGACGUAGCUGAAGCCUCAAGCAUUGCCCGCAGGUAUGGACCCUCCUUCAAGGGCAAGGACUCCAGCGAGAGAGCCAAGCUGGGCGACUACGGAGGGGCCUGGAACCGCGCCCUCAAGGGGAGGGUUGUCCGGGAGAAGGAGGAGGAACGAGCCAAGUACAUCGGCUGCUACCUGGACGACACACAGAGCCGAGCCCUGAGAGGUGUGUCCUUCUUUGACUACAAAAAGAUGACCAUCUUCCGUUGCCAGGACAACUGUGCGGAAAGGGGUUACCUGCACGCCGGGUUGGAGUUCGGUGCGGAGUGCUACUGCGGCCAUAAGAUCCAGGCAGCCAACGUGAGCGAGGCCGAGUGCGACAUGGAGUGCAAGGGCGAGCGCGGCAGCGUGUGUGGCGGGGCCAACCGCCUGUCGGUCUACAGGCUGCAGCUGGCGCAGGAGUCAGCCCGCAGGUACGGAAGUGCGGUAUUCCGAGGCUGCUUCCGAAGGCCCGACAACCUCUCCCUGGCCUUGCCUGUGACCGCCGCCAUGCUGAACAUGUCUGUGGACAAGUGCGUCGACUUCUGCACGGAGAAGGAGUACCCGUUGGCGGCUCUCGCGGGCACCGCCUGCCACUGUGGGUUUCCCACCACACGAUUUCCCCUCCAUGAGAGAGAAGACGAACAGCUCUGUGCUCAGAAGUGCAGCGCAGAGGAGUUUGAGAGCUGCGGGACUCCCAGCUACUUCAUUGUGUACCAGACGCAGGUCCAAGACAACCGCUGCAUGGACAGAAGGUUCCUUCCAGCCAAGUCCAAGCAGCUCAUCGCUCUGGCCAGUUUCCCAGGGGCCGGCAACACGUGGGCCCGGCACCUCAUCGAGCUGGCCACUGGCUUCUACACGGGCAGCUACUACUUCGAUGGCUCCCUGUACAACAAAGGGUUCAAAGGUGAGCGGGACCACUGGCGCAGCGGUCGGACCAUCUGCAUCAAGACCCACGAGAGCGGGCAGAAGGAGAUCGAGGCCUUCGACGCCGCCAUCCUGCUCAUCCGCAACCCCUACAAGGCGCUCAUGGCGGAGUUCAACCGCAAAUAUGGUGGCCACAUAGGCUUUGCUGCGCAUGCACACUGGAAGGGCAAAGAGUGGCCGGAGUUCGUGCGCAACUACGCCCCCUGGUGGGCCACGCACACGCUGGACUGGCUCAAGUUCGGCAGGAAGGUGCUGGUGGUGCACUUCGAGGACCUGAAGCAGGACCUCUUCGCCCAGCUGGGCCGCAUGGUCCGCCUGCUGGGCGUGGCCGUCCGGGAGGACCGGCUGCUGUGCGUGGAGAGCCAGAAGGACGGGAACUUCAAGCGCUCGGGGCUGCGCAAGCUCGAGUACGACCCGUACACGGCCGACAUGCAGAAGAGCAUCUCGUCCUACAUCAGGCUGGUGGACGAGGCCCUCAAGGGGCGCAACCUCUCAGGCGUGCCGGACGACUACUACCCGAGAUGACGCCUCGGCGCGGGGGAAGGCGAGAGCCCCGGCAUGCCCUGGUGACCCUCACUGACCUGUCCUCCCUUUGGUUUGGGGACCAUCCACCCCCUGGCUGCGGUGGCCUUCAGCGAGUUUCCUGCAUGACAGAGGAGACUCGAGGGAAGAGAGUGUCGCGGCGCACCCGCCCCAAUCUCUGCUGCUUCCCCGGCAGAUGGGCGCUACCUGGUUAGGGGAGCUCGGCUACAUGGACCCUUUUCUCCCACACCCACCUGCCCUGUUUCCCUGCCUCCCCCACUCUGGGUUCCCUGGUGGGAAGGAGGGCUCCUAAUUGCCACGGAGACACGCUGGGCCCUGCCCAACCCCAGCAGCAGUUGUUGAGGCCUCAUGCGACAGCUCCAGGGACCUUUGUCAAAAUGCGACUCCUGUAGGCUGAGAGGUGCCACUCAUUUCCUUCUCUGCUCAGGAAGCCUUGGCACUGUCUCCGUCUCAGGCCACCCACUGCUGGGAAGAAGGAUGGCAGGACCUGUCCUCGGGGCCUUGGGUGCCUGACACUCUGGGUAGAGGGGAGAGAGUGGUGCUCACCGUAGGUGGGGUAGCACCACCACCUGGCAUCCCUGGCCACACUGCAGCUGUGGAGCCAGAUGGUGGGGUUUCUACUCGAGGGCUCCAAUUUUGUGCUGUUCUUCCUCAGCUGUGUCUAAGAGGUGAUGUUGGAAGUCCUUCACCCCACUCCCAGGAUUCCUUGGGUAGCAUCAGCUAAGCCUAUAGGCUGCCAUGCCCAGGUUUUGGGUGAGAGCCCUAGGGACCCAUCGGUCCAUGGUGGGCUCCAACACAUCGACCUUACACUGCCCUCUGACCCCUACCAGUGGGUCCUUUGCUAUUCAGCUGGUAGAGCCAGAGUGCUCCAAAUCAGCUGGAAUCCUGACCAGAAGAGACUCCCUUUACCUUCCUAGACCACCAGCCUCCCUUCUUCAGAGCCUGACAGGACCAGUUUCCCCUAAAGGCCCUUGAAGGUAAAGGGAUAAUGAACAGCUCAUCGUUUCUAUUGUCACGCUGCUGUCUUGAUGCCGAGACACCAAACCAAAGGAUUUCUGAGGACCCGAGUCACUGAUCAUCUGUUUUAGAUCAUUGAUCCAGGACCCCAUCCUCUCCUCAAACCUUGGAUCCCGGUGGCUUCACUCCCAGCCCCCGUUUGCACCCCCCCCUCCUGUAGCUGCAAAAGCCAUAGGUCACAGCCUCUUUGCUCUUCUGUCUGGAGUGUCCCCAAGCACAUGCCCCUUCCUAAAGAGCAAAGGGACUAUGGAGAAGGCGAAAGAAAAGAGUAUAUUUUUUUAAGAGGAAUAGGACCAAUACAUUCCGGCCCUUGGGCCCUGGCCAUGCAAAGAGAAGGCACAGGGACUGGACCUGAGCUAUGCUUCUCCAAGUUCCCCCAUCUAUAGAAUUUGGGCCACCCCGUGGCUCAGCCCCUGGGCUCGGAAUGUAUUUUGUACCGUGUUUCUUUCCCCCAGCUGAUUUCUAAUCUUUCACGAAGCUGCAGAGGGCUUGCCUCCCAUCGUGCGUGGAGGCCAGCUCUCUCUGGAAGACUCUUGGUCCAAGACUCGGGCCAGUUCUUUGCUGGUGGUCCCCUCUGGCCACAGGCUUGUGUCUGAAGAUUCCUCAGGUCAACACGUCAACACUAUCAUUAAAUUCAAGUUUUGUUGAUAAUUCUACUCUGGUGGAGUGUUAUAUAAGGCAAGUUCACAAAGGAGAUGUUUUCUGUGGGGGUAUGUCUGUAUAAUUGC